AUGUGCACAGCUGAAGCAGCUGCAUCUCUGCUCCAAGCUGAAGAAACCUUCUCAGCAUGCCUGGCACGGAUAGAUGCCCUCAUCCUCAAGCCUCUGCUGCAAUCAGAGCCUAGUGACCAGAAAGGAAAGGAGAAUUUUAAGCUCUUCUUGCUCCUAAAUGAUCGAUUUCAAGCUCUCUGGAACCUCACUGAAGAAAAUCACCGGAUACUGAAACAAAAAUGCAGCACCUCGGAGUCCUUCUGCAUCCAGGACAUUUACACUGUCUGGAAAGGAGACCUGUUUCUAAGCCUCUACAUCCAAUACUUCGUCACUUUUGCAAACUACGUUGUAGUCCACGGCUUCGAACAUGCCACGAAGAGCAAAAGUGAAGCUUGGAAGCACCAUAAAACAGUGCUGAAACAAUUCCUCACAGACUUCACCUCCGAGACCUCUAUGUCACUGGCCUUGUACACUGUUCUUCACAAACCUAUCCGAGAUCACCUUGAGCAAUAUAUACUGCUCCUUACCAAGCUGAAUGAGGUUCUCAAAGAGAGCUCUGAAAAGGAUGUGGUUACGAGUGCCAUCAAGGAAUAUGUGAAGCUGGAGUCUUUCAUCAGUCAAGUCCUGGAUGAAGCUUGUUUUACCAAGUCCUUAUGGAAAUCCUUGGGCUACAAAUUCACAGACAUACUCUGUGUACCUGAAAGGAGGCUGCUGGAAGAUAGCAAAAAUCUGCCCAUCUCUUCCAGCACAAAUCGAUCAGAUCGGAUCUUGCUCUUCGAUGAUGUCCUUGUGUUAAUUCAGGGAAACAGCUUUCAGAGUUUUGAUCUGAAGCUUGUGUGGGUAGAUGAAAACUGCAAGGAAAGAUCAGCUCCAGGACUGUAUGGACUCCGCAUUAUAACCCCGGAAGAAACAUUCUUUCUCUCUGCCAAAGACCCACAGAUGAAGGCUGUUUGGCAGUGGAAGCUGAACCAGGCUAUCCGCCAGGCAUUGAAUGGGAAGCGAGAUUUCCCACUGUGGGGCAAGACGGGUGAAGGCACUGAGCCCCCCUCCUGCCGAUUCUUCAGCUAUGUCUUCAAGCUGGAGGGCAAGUUCAAGAGCGCAUCCUACGAGGGCGAGUGGCACUGGGGAAAGCCUCAUGGCAAGGGGACACUGAAGUGGCGUGAUGGACGCAACCAUGUUGGAGAUUUCAAAGAGGGCUUGGAGCAUGGGUUUGGAAUCUGCCUUGUCCCACGCCGAUCUGAAGACCGGUAUGACUGCUAUAAGUGCCACUGGCAUGAGGGCAAGAUGAGAGGCUAUGGAAUCUGUGAGUAUGGGAAUGAUAUGGUCUACAAAGGUUACUUCAAAGACAAUGUGCGUCAAGGGUUUGGGAUACUGGAGAACCUCUCGGCUGAGCAUCCAUUUAAAUACACAGGACAGUGGGAAAAUGACAAGAAGAAUGGAUAUGGAGUCUGGGAAGGCAAAGAUAGAGGGGAGAGAUACAUAGGGACGUGGCUUGAUGACCACAGACAUGGACAAGGCAUUGUAGUAACCCAGUCAGGUGUCUGCUAUCAAAGGACAUUUCAUGCUGAUAAAAUGGUGGGGUCUGGGAUUCUGCUCUUGGAAGAUGACUCUGUCUAUGAAGGGAACUUCACAGAAGAACUAACGUUUGUUGGGAAGGGAAAAUUGUCCUUUGCCAAUGGCUUCAUUCUGGAGGGAACCUUUACUAACAAAUCGGGCCAAGGCCUUCAGACGCAUGGCAUUCUGAACACAUCGAACGAGCAGCUGGAUGACAGGAUAACCAAAGC